UUAUAUAUACAUAGACAUGUAUAUAUAUGUGUAUGUAUGUAUGUAUAUAUAUAUACAUAAAGUUGGUUGUUGAAAAAAAAUUUAGAAGCUUCCCGGCCAUUUUACCGCCAUUUUGCCCACUCAUUAAUUCUACAUUAGAUAUCGUUUUUUUUUAUUACUAACAAUCUGUAGUAAAUUGAAUAUUUUCAUACCUGUAUUAUAAAUUUUAUUAAAUUUAUAAGUAUUGUUUAUUUCAAUAUUCACCAGUAGUAUCAAGUUUUACAACAAUGAAAAAAGUUCAAAAAAGAAUGAGCAAGUCCAAGGAAUCUCCAUCUUCUGACAACGAGGCUGAAGAAGAAUUCAGCGUCGAGAAAGUUCUUGAUAGACGAGUUGUUAAGGGCAAGGUUGAGUAUUUUCUUAAAUGGAAAGGUUACUCAAACGACGAAAACACCUGGGAACCCGAAGAAAACUUGGAUUGCCCUGACUUGAUCGCCCAAUUUGAGGAACAGCGCAAAAAGAAAGAAGCUGCUGCCAGUAACAAACGGCAUGAAGAAAAAGAUUCAAAGAAACGAAAAAGUUCAAGUACUCCGACACCAACUCACGCCAAAAAAAAGAUGACAGAUGACAAAGACAAAAAACCUGAAGGAUUUGACAGAAACCUUGAACCUGAACGUAUCAUCGGUGCUACUGAUUCAAGUGGAGAACUUAUGUUCCUUAUGAAGUGGAAAGGUACGGAGGAUGCUGACCUAGUCGCAGCACGUGUUGCCAAUGAGAGGUGUCCACAAAUCGUCAUUAAAUUUUACGAAGAAAGACUAACAUGGCAUAGCCCGACGCAUGAUGAAGAGGGUUCCAACAAACCUGAUCCUGAGUAGCACUCAGAUUAUCGAUUUUACACAGCACUUUAAAAUAUGUCACAUUUAGUAAUCUCAAAUAAUAAAAAUAAAGAAAAAAAAAUAAAUAUAAGAUAAAAAGACAA